AUGCCGCGACCUGGACCGGGACCAGGCCCUGAGCCGGGAUCUGCUCCCCAGGCUAUUCCUCAGUCUCAACCUCCUCCGCAACAGCCUCAGGGUGCUCGCCAGCCCCCUCAGGGCUUCCCUCAACAGCCGCAAUUCCCUCCAGGCUACUACCCACCAUACGGCCAACGGUUUGGGCCACCUCCUCCCUUUCCCCCUGGGCCUGGCUUCCCCAACAUGCCCUAUGGCGCUCCGCCAGGCUGGUAUCCUCCUCCAGGCCACCCAUUCCCUCAGGGCCCCGGCCAGUUCCCCCUCAAGUACCAAUUGGGCCUCCUGGUGCUGCGCCUCCGCCCCACUCUACCUCUGAACUCCCUGUUGGGGAUAAGCCCUCAAGCCGAAAUGCUACACCAGCCGCGCAAAAUGCCCCUACUCCUCCCGUUGAAUCCAAGCCGACGGUAG